AUGUCCCUCCCUGAGGAGAUUGUCCAGCUCAUCUGUCGGCAGCUCUCGAACCAUCGGUAUCUCGACUCUCAGACACUGUCUUUUGUCUGCCGAGCAUCGAAAGCCCUUAAUCGCAUCGCGACGCCUGUUCUUUACUCUCGCUUUAAUUCGUGGGAAAAGAUGAAGAAGAUGGCCAGCUUCCUUAGAUCUAUUAGUCUGCGGCCUGAACUUGGUGGAUACGUGCAGGAAAUCGUAUUCAGCAGAUUCUACUGGUUUGAGCUUACAGAAGAUUAUCUCAGCAUCUUUGCCGAUGUGGCGACUAGACUGGGCAUAGACCUCGGGAGUUGGCUAGAGGAAUACCCAUACGAGGCCAUGACGCAGCUCAUUAUCGCACAGAUCCCCAACGUGAAGAUUAUGGAUGUUUCUACGCACGAGGUUUAUGCCGACGACGGUGUCGGGGCUUUCACACUACUAGAGCAAAUGGCUGCGCAAGUUCCAAGACGGGUGUCUUUGCAUCAGCUACAACAGCUCACAAUUGGCCAUAGCGAUAUCAGGAGAAUAUCUGUUGGAUACUUUGGAGGAAUUAUUGAACUUGCGCCUCACAUACGAGAACUCACUAUAAGCCCUUGCUACGGUCUAUAUUGCGACGAGGAGCCUAAAAAUACCCGAUUCUCUCUCAGCAAUGUGACAAAGCUAACGAUUGAUGGCGGUCACAUAUCCAAGACCCAGUUAGAAUCGAUAGUCCGUCUUUGUGGACAGCUAGAGAGUUUCGAGUUCAAACACCACACUAUAUAUGCUGGCCUUCAGGAGAUUAGUGUGACGCCUAGGGAGUUGAUUGAGAUCUUGGCGCUGCAUAAACAUACGCUCCGCUCUAUCUCAGUUGACCUGGGACACCGAGAAAGGCAGAAGACAGGCAUGUUCUGUUUCUCUGGCUUGUGUGAUGAUGGCGAUCAGAUUCUAUCUCUCAAAGAAUUUUCACGGCUUGAAACAUUUAAAAUUGACGGAACGUCGGUCUUGUUUCCGGAAGUUGCAAACCCAGACUAUCACACAAAUAUUCUGGUCAACCUAUUACCCAGAUCUAUCCGUCAUGUUGAGCUCAUAGAUGCGCAGUACGAGUCUGUUGCGAAUAUGAUCCGCCUGAUAGAUUCAGUCGCUAAAUUUCCGUUUCUUGAAGAAGUGACACUGACGGGAAAUACCGCGGAUGGGCGCUUAGGUGAGGACAAGGUGGAAUUUGAUAAGCAUGAGCUUGAUACCCUACACGCAAUGCUGGAGAGGAACGGAAUAACGCUUGGAAAUGAUAGAUAUCAGGCCGAGUUAAAUGCUUACUAA